UUUUUGCAACACUGUUAAAAACAUAUGUUUAAAUUGAACAGAUAUGAAUGAACAAUAUUAAGGCAAUUAUAUUUCAGAAAAUAAUUUGUAGCGUCGAAUAAAGAUGGAUUCACAGAAAGUAUCAUUUGGUUUUGCUAAAACAGAUAAAAAGUCAAAUUUGUUGAGAAAUAAUAAAAUUAAAAGUACAUCUCAUAAUAUCGAAUUAAUAAAAUGUUUAGAGGGAAAACAAAUAAAACUAAUUAAUGAAAAAGUGGAUAAUUUGCCUUUGGUAAUUCCAAUAAAGGAAUGUCAAAAAACGAGCAAUGCAUUAGCAAGUUUAUUAAAGCGGCGUGCUGUUCUUUUGGACGAAGAUGAACCUAAUGUAAAACAAAGUAAAGACGAUGUUAAGGAAAUCAUGUCGGGUGUAACGGAAUUUACCACGGAAGAAAAUUUGGAUAAGAGAGCUGCCAGAGAGUUACUCUCUGAAUCAAAAUCGAAAUUUAAUGUACAAGAAAAUAAAAAUAUAUUACAAAUCAUAACAGCAAAUGAUUUGCCUUUAGAUGGUGCUAAAGAAUCGACGAUUGAAGAUUACGAGUCCGUGCCAGUUCAACAAUUUGGGUUUGCGUUGCUUCGUGGAAUGGGAUGGAAAGAUCCUCCUAAAAAAGAUGAUAAUAAACCCGCAGAUGACACACCAUUUGUUCGACCAAAAGGUAUGGGCUUAGGCGCUGAUAAAGCAUUGAAAGUGAAGCCAUUAUUAGUAGAGCCUGAGAAAAAUGAAAUUCUUGUCAUUAAGAAACAGGCAUAUGUCAGAAUAUUAGGUGGUAAAUAUAAAGAUAUGUACGGUCAAAUCGAAGGUUUUGAUGAUCACGCUGGAAGAGUAAUUGUAAAACUAGCAAUUGGUGGAACGAAGGAAGCUUUUAAUGAAUUUUUAUGUCAACCUGUAUCUAAAAAGGAGUACGCUGAAUACGGGAAGUGCAUAAAUACUGCUAAAUAUGAAAGAUAUAAAACGUUAGAAAGUGAACAAGAACAGUUAGAGUUAAAAAAAAAAACGCAAGAUGAUGAUGUAAAUUAUAAAACAAAAUUAAAUAAUAUAUACAAAAAAAUAGAUGCAAAAGAACAUAAAAAAGAAUAUAAUGACGACAGAGAGGUAAUGAAAAGCUACAAAACUGAACGGCAUAGCGGUCAUAUAGAUAAUAAAAUGCAUCAUAAACCGUCAUCAUCAAAAAAAAGUUGUACUUACGAAGAGUCAAUGCAUAGUAAGAAUACACACAGUUUUGAAAAAAAUCGUAGAGAAUAUAAGCAGAGAUAUAAAUCGCGAUCGCCAAAAAGAAAUACUCAUUACUAUGAUAUAAGUAACAGUAACCAAGAGAUUCGAUGUAACGAACAUAAAAUGAGUUCUGAUACUUCACCUGAACGAAGCAGGUAUAAUAAAAAAUGUAAACAAAAGAAAAAUAAAGCUAAAUCAAAAAGUAGAAAACGUGAUAGAUAUAGCUCCUCGACAACGACUGACUCAGGCAACGAACGCUCCAAAAAGUUUCAUAAAAAAUCGAAAAAAAGCAAAAAAGAACGACAUUCAAGAUCACGGUCAAGGUGCAGAUCAUAACUUAAGUGAUAUGUUUUUAUUCUAAACGUCUUUGUCUCUAAUAAAAGGUUUACAACAAAAAUAAAUGGUCCUAUCUUUAUUAGA